AUGGCAGUGCAUUUUACAAGAAUGCUGCGUGCUCCCUCCACUCUGAUGAUGCCUUCAGUGGACCUCGCCGCCUGCCUGUCGCUGCGUCAGCCUUUACACCCGCCCACGCGAGGCACCACCGCGCAGCGCCUGUCCCCCGUGGCCAACACAUCCUACGCCUUCCACCCACUCCUCUACCACCCCUCCCGCUCGCCCUCUCCCACCAACGCCUGUCCGUCUGCACCGCGUAGCUGCCUGCGUAGGGAGCACGGCGGGCUGAGAAAACGUGUCUCCUUUGCCGACGCUAAGGGCAUGGCUCUGACUGCCGUACGCCUCUUCAUUCCGGAUACGACGUCAUCCGUGGGACAGCAUUACAACAUCAUGCCUUCGUCUGUGCUGAGGAGAUUCCAAGCCAAGCAAGAGACUGGGGUGUCAGCAAAGAGCCCGGCUUACAAGCUCAGGCUGGCUUUCACGCAACCAUCUCUCGAUUACAACGUCUUCGUGUCGCGGCAGAAAGAAACCGGGCUGCAAUUGGAAAGCUGCAACGUGUCGGAGUCCUGCGUGAGCGGGAGAGUCAGGGUGUCUCCGGUGGAAAUGGAGCAAAAUGUGCAUGUGAGAAUAAGUUUUGAUUCCUGGAGGAGUCAUCACGAUAUCCCUUGCGCUUUCUUGCAAACGCAAAGAUUGGGAGGGCAAGAAACUGACAUUUAUGCCUUCGAACUGAGCCUACCCAUGAACCUAGAUCGCAUCCACGGCAUCGAGUUUUGCGUGACUUUGGGAACUGACGAUGUGUUGCUGUGGGACAAUAACAGAGGGAAAAACUAUAGGAUUCAUGUUGAGAAAGAUGCCAGCGUGGAGCAGGUGGAGGUGGCGCAAGGGUCUCCCAAAAUGUCCCGGUACCAGCGGCUGCCCAUGCUGGCCCAGAUGACUCCAGUGGAUGUGAGGAGCUAUGCUGAAAUGCCACACCUCAGGCCCUUCAUGCACAUGGGGGUGGAGAGGGGAAUGUGUGCGGUCAAGUAA